UUUCAAAGAACCGACAUCAAAAUGUUCUUCUCUCAACAACUUCUAGCUCGCAAAGCUUCUAUGGGACAGAUAUGGAUGGCUGCAACUAUGAGAGCGAAAAUGAAUCGAAAGAAGCUGGAGAAGCUUAACAUCAUCCAAAUCUGUGAAGAGAUUUUGAAUCCACCAGUUCCUUUGGCUUUGAGACUCUCUGGAAUUCUCAUGGGUGGAGUUGUGAUUGUGUACGAAAGAAAAGUGAAACUCCUUUAUGAUGAUGUUAAUCGACUCCUGCAUGGUCACAGAGGCAAGGCCAUUAAAGAAAAACAGAAUUCCAGCGCCCUUAUAAUGGAUUACGAGCAACAAUUAUUCCUGGUGGACAUUUACCAAUCCUGGCUUCAAGAUACUUCAGAUAUUGCGGAAGAAAGAGAAGAAGAGGAAGUACGUAUUUGUCUGAAAGCUCAGGAUCUGACACAGCAACCAAGAACUCAAUCCGGACAGGUCCAACCAAAAAAAGGCAUUUUUCUUCAUCUGGACAAAGUGGCAAUGGGCUUGAACCUAUCCAGAAAAAAACCAUUUGAGUAUCCUGAACCAGAUUUCAAUUUAUCGAGGCUAGCUGAAAAUGGUUCUGCACCAGACCCAGUUUUUGUGGAAACUGGACCAACACAAACUCAGCUUCCUGUCAUCAAUCCUGCUCUUGACAAGAUUACUGAUGCUAUUCGAAUGAAUAUCAAAACACAUUUUGACGCACCUGGAGCCUCUAAAGAAGAAUCGUUGAACGCACUAGCUGCUGGACUGAACCGAAAAGGAGCAGCUAUGCUCUUUUAUCAGACAUGUGUCCUUGCCACUCGUGAUUACCUAAAAGUUGAGCAAAAGGAGCCUUAUGGUGACAUUUCCAUCUCCAAGGGAGCAAAGAUGUAAAGAGCCAGAAAUAAGAGGUCAAAACCUCUUUCGUUUCUACAACAAAGAAGAUGCAGUCACAGGAGUUGAGUACUCGUAAAUUUAAUCGAAAGCAAGAGGACCCUCAGUCGUAAAUUUAUACAUUAUCAAAGGCGAACGGUAGGAAGCAGGAAAAAGAAAUAGAAUUAGGAUUAUUGAGUAAUCUGUUUAGAAUUUUU